AUGGCUCCCAAGAAAGAUACCAAGGAGACCUCUGCUACAACCAAAGCAAAAGACACUGCAGUAAGUGCAAGUGCCAAGAAAACGACGAAACCAGCAGGUAGCGCAACAACAACGACUACCAAAGUCGUUACAAAAGAACGUAAAGAGAAGGUUCAAAGCAAGGCAUUAAAAGCGAAACAACGAGUCGUUCGUGGUAACAAAUUGACACGUAAUCGUAAAAUUCAUCUCAAACCAACGUUUCGUCGUCCAUUUACUCUUCGUUUACAACGUCAACCCAAAUACCCACGACGAUCAGUGCCCAAACGCAACCGGCUCGACCACUUCGCCAUUGUUAAAUAUCCUUUAACAACCGAAUCGGCCAUGAAAAAGAUCGAAGACAACAAUACAUUGGUCUUCAUUGUCAACAUCCGUGCCAACAAACCAAUGAUUAAACAAGCCGUCAAGAAAAUGUACGAUGUCGAAGCUGAGAAGAUCAACACAUUGAUCCGUCCAGAUGGUGAAAAGAAAGCUUACGUUAGACUCAAGGCUGAUCACGAUGCACUCGAUGUUGCAAAUCGAAUUGGUAUUAUAUAA